GCGACGCAGCGCCGACGCGCACGCGGCACAAGGCGGGUAAAGAGCUUCCCCGCCCGGCUUAAGCACCACCGAGCCCACGGCGGAGCGCAGCAGGGAGACGCCGCUUGGAAGUUGUCCCCGCGCUCGACGAUGGCGGUGCGCUCGAACGCUCCACCGCCCGCUGCACUCGGCUUUAAAGUUACGUGUUUGAGUCCGGCGCUCCCGCGCUCCGGCAGCACCCUGAACGCACCAUGACGAGCGGCGACCUUUCCAUGAUGACGAGGAGAUGUCUUCUCACUUUCAAACCCUUCAGAAUCUUUGUGGUGGGGAUUGGCUUCUUCAGCCUGUGCUUUCUAAUGACCUCUCUCGGGGGCCAGUUCUCAGCCAAGCGACCCGUCGAUUCCCCCUUCACCACACGUGCCGAAGUAUUUGGCGGCCAUGAAUCUCGCAGUGUGCUGAAGAAGAUCAGCGACAUGCUGGAAGUCAUCAUGAAGAGGAUGGAUGCUCUGUCCAGACCCAGUAACGCCACUGAGAGCCACAAGCUGGACGAGCUGGCCUCCGUUCUGGACAGGUUUCAGCCGAUAGGGUUGGUGGAGCGGAUCCAGGCCAUAGCCCAGAACAUGUCGGACAUGGCAGGGAGGGUGGAGCAGAUUCUCCAGCGCAGCAUUGCAAGCAAAAGAGUGAGGGAAGGAACAUUGUGUGACAUUCCCAAAGACCCUCGUUACCCAGACUGUCCCGGCAAGAUGGAUUGGAUGCGUUCCCGCUGGACCUCGGACCCGUGCUACGCCUUUUACGGCGUCGACGGCUCGGACUGCUCCUUCCUGGUCUACCUGAGCGAGGUGGAGUGGUUUUGCCCCCCGCUGGCCUGGAGGAAUCAAACCGCGACGCCCACUUUGAAAACCCCGCCCAGGCAACAAGCUAAUUUCCGGUUCGACACGGGCGCUCUGCUGGAGCAGGUGGGCACCGGAAAGGAGUCGCUGAACUUCAUGAGACGACGCAUACGCAGGCUGGCAGCACAGUGGGCCUCCGCUGCUCGACGGCUGGAUGACAAGCUGCGCGGCCACUGGAGGGACGAGAAGCGGAUCCUGGUCCAUGUGGGCUUCCUGACCGAGGAGUCGGGCGAUGUGUUCAGCCCCAAAGUACUGAAAGGGGGUCCGCUGGGGGAGAUGGUGCAGUGGGCCGACAUCCUCACUGCUCUCUACGUGCUCGGACACGACCUCAAGAUCUCCGUGUCUGUCAAGGAGCUGCAUGGGUUUUUGGGGGUCCCACCUGGUAGAGGAAGCUGCCCUCUGAGCGGCCCGCUGCCCUUUGACCUCAUGUACACGGACUACCACGGCCUGAAGCAGAUGAAGCAGCAUUUGGGGCUGUCGCUGAAGAAGCACAAGUGCCGCAUCCGAGUGAUCGACACUUUCGGCACGGAGCCGGCUUACAACCACGAGGAGUACGCCACCCUGCACGGCUACAGAACCAACUGGGGCUACUGGAACCUCAACAGCCAACAGUACAUGACCAUGUUCCCUCACACCCCAGACAACUCCUUUAUGGGCUUUGUGGCUGAGGAGCUGAACGACACCACCAGGAUGAACAUCCAGAGGAACAAAGUCAACAACAUGGCGCUGGUGUACGGCAAAGAAGCUAACAUGUGGAAGGGGAAGGAGACCUUCCUGUCCAUCCUGCACCGCCACAUGGACAUCCACGGCACGGUGUACUACGAAACCCAGCGCCCCCCCGAGGUCCCCGCCUUCGUGAAGAACCACGGCCUUCUCCCGCCGCGGGACCUGCAGCAGCUCCUCAGGAAGGCCAAGCUCUUCGUCGGCUUCGGCUUCCCGUACGAAGGCCCCGCCCCUUUGGAGGCCAUCGCCAACGGCUGCGUGUUCCUGCAGCCCAAGUUCAGCCCCGCCCACAGUUCCCUCAACCACGACUUCUUCCGAGGGAAGCCGACCUCCAGGGAGGUGUCCUCGCAGCAUCCCUACGCCGAGCAGUACAUCGGGAGGCCGCACGUCAUCACCAUCGACUUCAACAACACCCAGGAGUUUGAUGCCGCCAUCCAGGACGUCAUGAAGACCAACGUGCAGCCUUUUCUUCCCUACGAGUACACCAGUGAGGGGAUGCUGGAGAGAAUCCAUGCCUACAUUCACAACCAGGACUUUUGUUCUCCCGAAGCUCCGUUUCCUCCUGUCAACUCUUCCCGGGUCUGGCAGGGCACCCCACUGGCUCCUUUCAUGCUGCUGCCCAACUCCAGCGUGCUGAUGUGGGCGACCAACGCCACCUCCCACGCGUCCUGGCCUCCCCUCAGCUCUCUGCAGCUCUUGGCGUCGCUGCAGGACCAGUCGUGUGUGAAGGCCUGCCAGGACGCCGGCCUGAUCUGCGAACCCGCCUUGUAUCGCUUCGUCAACAUCAAGGAGGCCUUCGCUGCGCUGGACUUCCAGUGUGCGGCCUUGGAGUCGGAGACCAACCACCUGUUCCCCGCUUUCUCGGCAGAGACCGCCGAGUGUGGCCUGCAGGAGGACCCCCUGCUGUUCAGCUGCGCAGGCGCCAGUGCCAAGUACCAGCGACUCUGCCCCUGUAGGGACUACAGAGACGGGCAGGUGGCGCUGUGCAGAGACUGCUUAUGACCGGAGGGAGGACACAGCAGGUAGCUUGCGGUCAAAAGUUUUCUUUUGACCUGGCCUUACCAAAGUAAGUAAGGCAGUACGUAAAACGAAAAACUCUCAGGGAUUUGCAUGAUUGUCAUUUGAAUCUGGCUCCAGGCUAAAAGCAGGGGUGUCCAAACCUUUCCCACUGAGGGCCACACGGAAAAACUAAAGCAUGCGGGGCCAUUUUGAUAUUUUUCUAUUUCAAAACCAAUACAACAUAUACAUUUAUUUUAACCUUUAAGUCUCCCCUCAUGUUUGGUCCAGAAGGGUCUCAGUCAGAAAAAUUUUAAAAAUAUGUCAGAUAUUAUUUUUUACUUUUGAUCAACUUCAGGUCUAACAUGCAAUAUAAG